AUGGCAGUGGAAGAGAAGUCGUUCAUCGGACCCGACGUGGUGGCAGAUUCCCACAGUGACAGCGAGAAGGGGGGAGAUGUCGUGAACAGCGACGCGCUGCAGUUGGCUUCUUUGGGCCAUGUUGAGGAGCUUGAGCGGAACUUUGGGCUUCUCGCUUUGGUGGGGCUUGGGUUCGUGUGUUCCGGCAGUUGGUUUGGUGUCACUUUAUCACUCGUUGCAGGUGUGAUGAGUGGAGGUCCAGCAGUCUUGGUCUACGGCGCCCUCGUCAUCCCGGCUUUCUCGCUUCUCAUUGUCCUCUCACUUGCGGAAAUGGGUUCAGCGUAUCCCACCACCGCCGGCCCCUUGGAGUGGACGUUCCGUCUCGCACCGCGAAAAUGGGCUCUCUUCCUCAGCUGGAUGACCGGAUGGGCUAAUUUGAUAUCAUGGCUUGUCGGCUCAGCAGCCAACGUCGCAGUCAUGGCGAACCAAAUGGUCUUCCUCGCCAAUCUCUACAACCCAUCCUUCGAAGCCAAGACCUGGCAGAUCUGGCUCAUCAUGGAAGGCUGCCUCAUCCUAAACGGGCUCCUGAACGCAUUCGGAACACGCCUCCUACCAAAAAUUGACACCGUACAAUUCUACUGGUUCAUCGGCUCCUUCCUCAUCGUUGCCAUCACCACCGUCGCCGCCGCAAACCCCCACCAGCCGGCCAAAUUCGUCUUCGGCACCUUCUACAACGCUACCGGCUGGACCAACCCCUUCGUCGUCUUCAUGAACGGCCUCAUCAUCACAGCCGGCAACUUCGUAGCACUAGACGCCUCCUGCCAUCUCGCCGAAGAAAUGUCCUCCCCCUCCCGCACGAUCCCGAAAGCCAUGCUCAUGACCGUCGGCAUCGGGUGUAUCACCGACUUUAUCGUCUCGAUCUGCCUCAUGUUCAGCGUCGGGCAGGACAAGGACGCAUUCUUCGAGAGCGCGGCCCCGUACCUCACCAUCGUGCUCUCCUCCACCGGCUCAAAGGCGGCUGCGGCCUGUAUCUCGACGACGCUGCUGGUGAACAACUUCAUCAGCACGACGAGCGUUAUCCAGGUCGGGUCGCGGAUUAUCUGGUCCUUCUCCCGCGACGGGGGGUUCAUCUUCCCGACGUUCUUCGCGAAGGUUAAUACGAGCCUUGCGUGCCCCUUACCCGCGGUCGUCAUGUCCUGGGCUAUUGGCGCGCUGGUCGCGAUCCUCUACCUUGCCUCGUCUACCGCCUUCAACGCACUGCUCUCUUGCCUCGUUAUCAUGGCGUACGUCGCCUACGCUAUACCGAUCACUUGCUUACUCAUCCGCGGCCGCGUGUACGAUCGCCCUGGGACGUUUAAGCUAGGGAAGUGGGGAUGGGCCAUCAACAUCAUCUCCCUUAUCUUCAUGGCGUUCUUGGCGAUAUUCUUCUGUUUCCCCGUGUUUAGGCCCGUGGAGAAGGCGAACAUGAACUACGCGGCGCCGACGACGGUGGGGUUCUUGGCUGUGACGCUGAUAUUAUGGUUCGUGGCCGGCAAACAAAAUUAUAAGGGAAGUAGUCUGGAGGGGAUUCACGUGCAUGGGUUGUAAAGGGGGUUUGCUGCCAAGUUGUAGUUGUAGGAGGAUGUCGACUGCGCAGGGUCUCGUUUUUUUUUCUUUUUUAGAAGAAUGGCCUGCGGGUUUCAAUACAGUUUAUUUGACAAC